GUCCGGGGUCUCCAGUAGGGCUGACGCUCCGGUGCUCGCACAAUCCCCCGCCUCGGCUGGCAACGGGCGUCCCUCCACUCCCCGAGUCCCCGGCAGCCGCCGCCACCCCAGCGCGCCCCGAUCUGGCCCCCUGCCCCGCGAAGAUGGCUGCCGUACGCCGGGCCCGCAGUUAUUGCCGCUGCCUGGUGCGCUUCUCCGACCGAGAACUCUGCUAAGCUCCGCUGCAGAGACAGGCAGGAGUAGACACCCGGACACCCAGCACCCCUCCUCCGGGGGGCGGUGCAGAGGGGGCACGGAGAGCCCCUCGAGCGCAGCAGGCCGCCCCGCCAGCAUGGCAGAAGCUGAGGAAGAUUGUCAUUCUGAUACUGUCAGAGCAGAUGAUGAUGAAGAAAAUGAAAGUCCUGCUGAAACAGAUCUGCAGGCACAACUCCAGAUGUUCCGAGCUCAGUGGAUGUUUGAACUUGCUCCAGGUGUAAGCUCUAGCAAUUUAGAAAAUCGACCUUGCAGAGCAGCAAGAGGCUCUCUCCAGAAAACAUCGGCAGAUACCAAAGGAAAACAAGAACAGGCAAAAGAAGAAAAGGCUCGAGAACUCUUUCUAAAAGCAGUAGAAGAAGAACAAAAUGGAGCUCUCUAUGAAGCCAUCAAGUUUUAUCGUAGGGCUAUGCAACUUGUACCUGAUAUAGAGUUCAAGAUUACUUAUACCCGGUCUCCAGAUGGUGAUGGCGUUGGAAACAGCUACAUUGAAGAUAAUGAUGAUGACAGCAAAAUGGCAGAUCUCUUGUCCUACUUCCAGCAGCAACUCACAUUUCAGGAGUCUGUGCUUAAACUGUGUCAGCCUGAGCUUGAGAGCAGUCAGACUCACAUAUCAGUGUUGCCAAUGGAGGUCCUGAUGUACAUCUUCCGAUGGGUGGUGUCUAGUGACUUGGACCUCAGAUCAUUGGAGCAGUUGUCGCUGGUGUGCAGAGGAUUCUACAUCUGUGCCAGAGACCCUGAAAUAUGGCGUCUGGCCUGCUUGAAAGUUUGGGGCAGAAGCUGUAUUAAACUUGUUCCGUACACGUCCUGGAGAGAGAUGUUUUUAGAACGGCCUCGUGUUCGGUUUGAUGGAGUGUAUAUCAGUAAAACCACAUAUAUUCGUCAAGGGGAACAGUCUCUUGAUGGUUUCUAUAGAGCCUGGCACCAAGUGGAAUAUUACAGGUACAUAAGAUUCUUUCCUGAUGGCCAUGUGAUGAUGUUGACAACCCCUGAAGAGCCUCAGUCCAUUGUUCCACGUUUAAGAACUAGGAAUACCAGGACUGAUGCAAUUCUACUGGGUCACUAUCGCUUGUCACAAGACACAGACAAUCAAACCAAAGUAUUUGCUGUAAUAACUAAGAAAAAAGAAGAAAAACCACUUGACUAUAAAUACAGAUAUUUUCGUCGUGUCCCUGUACAAGAAGCAGAUCAGAGUUUUCAUGUGGGGCUACAGCUAUGUUCCAGUGGUCACCAGAGGUUCAACAAACUCAUCUGGAUACAUCAUUCUUGUCACAUUACUUACAAAUCAACUGGUGAGACUGCAGUCAGUGCUUUUGAGAUUGACAAGAUGUACACCCCUUUGUUCUUCGCCAGAGUAAGGAGCUACACAGCUUUCUCAGAAAGGCCUCUGUAGAGCCUCAAGUCCAGUCCUCUAUCACUUUUGCAUGAAUUAAAGUAUAUAGCGCAAAAGAGCACCUAAGUUAUAAAUGUGUGUGUGUGUGUGUGUGUGUGUGUGUGUGUAUAUAUAUAUAUAUAUAUAUGGAAUUGGAACUUAUUUUAAAUUGUUGGAGUUCUUUUAAGAAGAAUAUAAAUUGAUUAUUUUUUUUAUUUAAAGGGAUAGUUGAUUCUUGGGGUGUUUUGAAAUUAAGUUGGAAUUAAGUUGCUUAAGCAUAUUUAUGUUGUGAGAAACCUUAAUAUGAGGUUUAUCAUGCCCUUUUUCAAGCAGAUUUAUGAGCAGAUUUCUGUCACAUAAGUCGUCUUCUGCUUGAGUAUCCUAAUAUUUCAAUGCAUCAGGGGAGCGCUCCACUGGAUAAGCAUUUUAUUUCCCGCAUGGCAUAAUGUUUUUGCACUAAAGGCUCAAAGUGUGAGAACCUGUUCUGGAUUUGUUUGAAAUUAUUUCACCAAUAAAGAUCAUAAAUAAAUGUUUCUUUCAAGAAAAUAUAUUUGGAUGGCCUUUUUAAAGUAACAGGAUAUUUAAUAAGAGUCCUAGAUAGCCAGCGGAGACUUUAAGAAUCAUUGCCUCUAGCUGGGUGUGGUGGCAUGCACCUGUAGUCCCAGCUAUUUGGGAGGCUGAUGCAGGAGAAUAGCUUAAGCCCAGGAAUUUGAGUCUGGGAGUUUGAGUCCAGCAUGGGCAACAUAACAAGACUCCAUCCCUUAUUAAAAGAAAAAAAAAUUCCUCAUUUCAUCAUUGGUCUUUAUAUGUAGCCACAAACACUGACCUCAUGUAGGCACCUUACCAAUAUAUGACAUUAAGUGAGAGUGAAUCCCUUAGGACUGGAACACUUCAAGCUCAACCAACUGACUCAGUUGUCAUUCUUCACAAAAGAAUAGUAGAGGAUCAUGUAAACCUGAGCCUAACUCUUGUUCCAGUAUGAAAGUUGGGGGAGAGCACCAGCCACCUAGGAAAACUGUAUGUUACCUUUUUACUCAAAGGAGUCCCCCUGCCCAGUAACAGUCCUAUUAGUGUUUAAUUUCAGAGUUUGUGUCUGGUAGACCUCUACCUGAUUCAGAUUUGGUUUUGUUGUUUCAACCAUAGUUAGAGACAAAUUCUCAUGUACUUUCAGAAAUCAAUAUCUGCAGCCACUGUUACUUUUAAUUGACAUUAAGAGACACUUCAUAGGUUCCCACAAUUCAGUAUGGGAUAGGCUUUUUAAAAAGCACAUACAGACCAGGCGUGGUGGCUCAUGCCUGUAAUCCCAGCACUUUGGGAGGCUAAGACAGGCAGAUCACCUGAGCUCAGGAGUCCAAGACCAGCCUGGGCAACAUGGCAAAACACCGUCUCUACAAAAAAAAAAAAAAAAAAAUUAGCCAAGUACAGUGGGGCACACCUGUAGUCGCAGCUACUUGGGAGGCUGGGGCAGGAGAAUUGCCUGAGCCUGGGAAGUGGAAGUUGCAGUGAGCCAAGAUCGUGCCAUUCCACUCCAGCCUGAGCAACACAGUGAGACCCUAUCUCAAAAAAAUAAUGAUGAUAGUACACGUUAUGUUAAAGGUGAAAUGUGCAUAGAGAAGGAAGAGAGUUGGCCAGGUGUGGUGACUCACACCUAUAAUCCCAACACUUUGGGAGGCCAAGGCAGGAGGAUUGCUUGAGGUCAGGAGUUUGAGACCAGCCUGGACAACAUAGCAAGACCUCAUCUCUUCUAAAAAUUAAAAAAAAAAAAAAUAGGCAUGGUGGUACACACCUGUGGUCCCAGCUAGUUGGGAGGCUAAGGCAGGAGGAUCACUUAGCCAGGAGGCUGAGGCUACAGUGACCCAAGAUUGCACCACUGUGCUCCAGCCUGGGUGAGGAAGCGAGACCCUGUCUCAGAAAAAAAAGAGAGGUUGGCCUUUUGUAGCAAUCUGAGAAGUGUGUUUUUCACAUUGGAAAGGAAGGAGAAAAGCAACUUGCCUAAGAUAAGGUAGCUCUUCAUGAUAUGACUGUUAUUUCUGAUAUACAAAUAAAUAGAACAUGAUUAGGACAUAGUCAAAUAUAGCUAGAAAAAUAUAUUCCUAAGGAAAGUGAGAUUUGAGGAGUCCCUGUUGUUCUGCAACAUCCCUAGAUUGAAUGAUCUGUUGCAGAUGGUGGAUACCAAGUUCAAAUUUAAAGAUUUCUUUGUAAGCAGUAAAGUGACUUUCACUUAUUUAACUUGGAACUGGAAAAAGUAACUUUUUUCCAGAUUACAUUUUCUGUAUAUUUGUAAAAUGCAAAAGCAAUAUAUAUUUGUUGUGAGAAAAUUAGAAUAUACAGAUAAAAUAAAAUUUAAAAAAACACCCAAAGAUAACCAGAAGAAAAUUUUUGCUAUGUAACCUUUUUCUUCUGGUCUUUGCAAAUCCUGCCGUAGAAACUUUUUAACUUCACGGGUGUCCUUCCUUUGCUCUAUUAGGACAUUACAGAAACCAAUACUAUGAAAAGCUGACAGCAGUAUCUGGAUUAACUUUUUAAAAACAAUGAAAGCAUUUUACAGAAAUUACAUUUCAGAUCGUGCUGGAACUGUGUUCAGGAGAUAUCCUCAGAGGGAAUCUGGCCUGAGCACCAUCAUGUUUAAUCGCCUCCUCCUGUCUUGCAUUUUCCUCCCAGCCCCCUUCCUACCCCUUAGCAGAGGGCCAGGUGAGGGUGCUUGGGGCCCAUGGGGGCUGGGAGUGUAGACUUCAGUUACACCCCCAGCCCCCAGGGGAAAGCAUUAGCCUUGAAUCCUCAAUCCCAGGCCCUCUACUAACCACUCUCAACCUAUGGUAUUUAUCUUUUGAUUAUUCUGUGCAUCUAUAAAAAUGGGAUUAUAUUGUACAUAAUGCUUUGUAAGCUUUCUCUCCCCACAUAAGAAUGCCCUGUAAGCAUUUUGUUAAAUAUUUUUAAUGACUUUAGAGUCCAACUUUAUACUCCUCUUUAUGCAUUUUGGUUUUCUAAUUUAAUGCUAGUGUAAACGUUUUUGGAAUAAACAUUCCUGUGGCUAA